AUGUCUGGACACUCAUAUGCUUCUGUAGUCGAUCGAAUUUAUUCAAGAAAAAGUUCGGAACUUUAUGAUAAUAUUGCAUAUCUUCAUCAUCCAAGUGGUGUCACCGUUGUCGUUCUUCGAAAUAUUCCUGAAAGUGAAGUUGUCGAAGUGGAUUUUGGAACGACGAAGAAGCACGGCGCAGAUCGUUCAACAAAUCAAGUUUCUGGAAAAGGAAAAAAAGGAGCUCUUAUUCUACAACCCGACUCAAAAUUGUGUACAUUCAAAUGCAAAGAUGGUUCAGAGCAUGUCGUGAGAGCAGGUGUUCGUGGAACUCUUGUUGAGAUGAACGAUCGCCUGAAAACUACACCAGAUUUUAUUAGAACAGCACCUGAUAAUCAGGGAUUUAUCGCGAUUAUCACCUACGGAGCCGGAGUACGUGAAACUGAAGGAAUGGGAGAUGACCUUCCUCCGAAAAGACUUUUCUUAAAGUCAUGAUAAUUUAUUCUCCAAGUUGUUUGUUUGUUGAUAUUGUUGUUCUUCAAUUGUUGCUUUUCAAGUAAAAAAACGACUUUUUAAUUUUAAAAUUUUUCUUUUUUUUUCCAAAUUUUUCAAUAAAUUUUCGGUUUUG